CGCUAGAGAGCGGGCGGGCGGGCGAGCGCCUCUCGGCUGGCACGGCGCCCGCUGACGAUGGCACGUCCCCGUCGCGUCUGACACCCCCGCCCACCCCCAGGGAUGGUCUUAGCGGGUGGCAUCUGACGCUUAUUUAAAGAGAGAGGGACACUCGGUGGAUGCGCAGAGGGGCGAGUGCAUCUCAUCACAGAGCCGUGGGACGACUUGAGACCAUGGAAGCUUCGAGACUGCUGCUGUUGCUGCUGCUACCGCUGCUGCUCUUCUGCAACAGCGUCGCGGCUGCGUGUAGCUGCACCGAUUCGUGCUCGGACGCGAAGGAAAGCGAGUCGAAAUGUGGCUGCAAGCACGAGGAAGAAACCAAGCAGCUGCCGCGCUCCUGCAAGGAGAUUAAAUUGAAGACGAAAACGAAGGAAGACGGGGUCUACUGCCUGCAGACGAAGAGCGGGCAGUUCUACCAGGCGUUCUGCGACAUGAACACCAACGGAGGGGGCUGGACCCUGGUCGCCAGCGUCCAUGAGAACAACAUCGCGGCCAAGUGCGCCAUCGGCGACCGCUGGUCCAGCCAGCUGGGCAGCAACCCCGCCGUCGGCUUCGUAGACGGGGACAGAAGCUGGGCUAACCUCAACACCUUCGGGCGGGUGGAGUCCGCCACUGACGACGACUACAAGAACCCAGGCUACUUCGACGUGGACGCGGAAGACAUCUCCGUGUGGCACGUCCCCAACGGGACGCCGCUGGCCCAGUGGAAGAUCUCAUCGAUCUUCCGCUACCACACCGCGACGGAGUUUCUCACCCCCUUGGGAGGCAACCUCUACUUCCUCUACAAGAUCUUCUAUCCAUUAGUAUACGGUUCAGGGACCUGUCCAGCAAGCAAUGGGCCAGCCAUCCCAAUCGUUUACGACUUUGGGAACACCAUCAGCGUCGCCUCUCAAGUCUGCCCAGCUUGUCUGGGUGGGACGCUUCAAGGUUAUGUUCACUUGAGGGUCUUCAACAACGAGAGGGCACCAUUCGCCCUCUGCUCAGGCCUCAGGGUGCUUGAUAAUUGCAACACUGAACACUACUGCAUCGGCGGCGCGGGCUACGUCCCAGAGCAGACUCCGAGACAGUGCGGUGACUUCAGCGCCUUCGACUGGAGCGGCAUCGGGACGCACGUCGAAUGGAGCGCCUCCAAGAGCUUGCUCGAGGCCGCCGUGUUCAUAUUUUACCGCUGACCUGGCGGGUGGCCCGAUCGUGCCCUCCUAUCGGUCGCAGUGCCAUGCCAUUGGCCAGAGUCAAGGGGGUGUGUGCCGUCACUGGCACGUGACCCCCAUCUUUUUUGCCCGUGAAAUUUUUCCCAUUUAUCUUUGGGGUCUUUCUUCCUACCCCGCUCCUCUUUCUCUCUGCUCGCGGUCAUCUCUACUGUCCGUUCCACAGUUCCUUAAUAUCUUCGGGGCCAGAGGACAGAGAGGCAUUCUCUCAGCAGGUUUACGAUGAGUCAUUGGGUGGCACAGUGGUUACACUUGUGGCCUCACAGUGAGGAGUUCUUGGGUUUGAAUCCUGACUCUGGUGCCUCUCUGUAUUUGGAGUUUGUAUGUUCUCCCCUUGUACUGGCAUGGGUUUCUUUCGAAGUCUUCGGGUGUCUUCCCACAGCUAAAAAACAAACAAAUUUGCAAUGUAACUUGUCCAUAAUACAGGUUUUUGGGGUUAGAUCGCGAACAAAACUGUAUUAUGGUUGAUAUUGGUCGCGAAAGCCGACGUGUUAAACCAAUUACGCAUCCCAAAGCUCAAUGAAAUACCUGCAAAUUUCUCACUUGAAAUUACGGAGAAGCAACAUCGCCCCCUCCUGCGUAAAUUUGUGUCCUUCAAUUAGCGCAGGUCAACAUACAUACACACAUCACCACUAUUUCCACUGUCUAUCGAAGCAGGGCAUACUUCUCAGUCUCGGUCUACCAGAAAUGUCCAGUAAACUGUA